UGCAGAGCUCGCCGGGCUUGGAAGAUGGAGGGCUAUGUGCAGUUCUUGGCGCUGCUGGUCUCGGCGCUGCUGGUCGGCUUCAUAUCGGUCGUCUUCUCCCUCGUCUGGGUCUUCCAGUACCGCGGAGGGCUGAGCUGGGACGGCAGCGCACAGGAGUUCAACUGGCACCCCAUCCUCAUCAUCACGGGCUUCGUCUUCAUCCAAGGCAUCGCUAUUAUUGUGUAUAGGUUGCCCUGGACAUGGAAGUGCAGCAAACUCCUAAUGAAGUUCAUACAUGCUGGAUUAAAUACCAUAGCUAUGAUUCUUGCAAUUGUUUCUGUGGUAUCUGCGUUUGAUUUCCACAAUGCCGGCAACAUACCUAACAUGUACAGUCUGCACAGCUGGAUUGGCUUGGCUGCUAUUAUAGGUUAUGCUAUCCAGCUUUUCUCGGGUUUAGCUGUCUUUCUGCUCCCUUUUGCUCCAAUGCCCAUCCGAGCAGCCCUUAUGCCAAUACAUGUGUUUUCGGGUCUCACCAUCUUUGCAACAGUGAUCGCAACAGCUCUCAUGGGCAUCACAGAAAAGCUUCUCUUUUCAUUGCAAAAUCCUUCAUAUUCUUCAUCCCCACCAGAGGCAAUUUUUGUCAACUGUCUCGGUCUUCUGCUCGUCAUAUUUGGUGCACUGAUUUUAUGGAUGGCAAGCAGGCCCCACUGGAAGCGCCCCCCAGAAGACAGCGUUAAAAUUCUACGGCCCAUUGGAGGGACUCGUGAAGGCAAAGAAGCGGAAUCCAGCGUUACAGAUGGUAGUAAUGCAAAUAAAUCUGAGCUUAAGAUCAAUAGCGAAGCAGCCAGAAAACAAAACUUCAGACUUGAUGAAGCAGGCCAAAGAUCAACUAUGUAAAAUAAUGAACGGAGUAACAGUACUGUUACACUGCUAAAUUCCCCUGGUUCCUUCCAGUUUAGUUAUAUUGAUACAUAAAUAGGUUAGGGCUUUAUUUUCAGUAUAGCUUGCUCAAAAAUACUAAUGUUUUCUACAUAGGAAUUUAAAUUCCAGUAAGUUCUGAACAUGUUUUUUUGAUUCAUGUUCAGACUUCAUUUACAAAAAAUGAGAGCAUGAAUGAAAUCACAUCACUGAAAAAUCACUUAACUGGAAACACGUUUUCUGUAUCACUUCUUAAUUUAAUGUUUAUAAAUAUUUCUCCUGUAGCCAUGAAAAGUUAACAAAACUGAGAACAAAUUUUGCUCUGAGUGAUUUUGAAGGCUGUGAAUGAGAGUAAUGAAGUAUACCAGACAGCAGAAUUUAGUUGGUCACACAUAAUUUUUCUGGUAAUGUUCACUUUUUAAAAGUCCUCAUUACUCAAGCUGAUUAACUCCCUCACUAGCUGCUAAGAUCUACAGGAUUUGAAGUAAUUCAGCACUUUUGCUAAUUAGAAUUUUGAAUUCAAUGAAGGAAAGGAAAUUUGUCUGAAAUUUUCAUUAAAUGUUACCUUUCCUUUAAAAACUUCUGGGGUUUAUUUCCAAUUUUAAAAAUCUGAAUGUAUCUGCUGUUUUUUUAACCAGCUUUACUAAAUAUACUGUAUACAGACAACAUUUGGCUUUAGAUUAUGUGCAAUCAUUACUGCAAAUUGCAAGAUAUCCACAUACAGAAUUUGCCUUAUUUGGAAAGCUGCAGAUCUGCACUUAGAAAAAAUAAUGUAUCACUUAAACCAAGUCUUUCUUUUAUCUCAGAAGGCAGCAUUUUAGUGAUUGUUCAGUUAUAAUGAUUUAUGGCACUAGACUAGAAAUUAGGAGAUUUGAAACCAAAGAAGACUGCUAGCAGUGUCACAGAAAGAAGCGUGGAGUGAGAAAUGCUUCCCCUGAGAAACAACUGAGCUUUGCUGAGUUGCUUAAAAUGCUACCCAUUAACUGAAGGCCAGGUUUUGUAUCCCCACACAUCUUCAUGUCCAUGACAAUCAUCACUGUCAUGGGCACAAAGGUGCACUUCAGUCUAUAAGGAAACUAUAUAAACUCUAUGACUUUUUAAUGUUAAAUGAAAGUUUUAAAUAAUACAGUUGAGUCUCCACUGGCACUUUACUUUUAUAUCUCUUUCUAGUAAUCAGACUUUUAAUGCAUUAUGCUCAUCAUUGUCACAUAUGAAAGCAAUAUUUAUUUUGCAGAAGAAUAAUUAUAGCAGAUUAUUUCGAUUGCACUUUCCAAAAUGAUGAGCCUCUCUAUUAUAGUAUCUUGUAAAAUGUGCAGAGUGCACUACAAGUCCAAAUUUACCACUCUUCAUAUUACAAUAUUGGCAGUUUCAGAUAGCAUAUAAAGAAUACAUCCAUUUUUACAUAGUUCAGCUUUUUAAAAUGUUUAAACACAUUAAACUUCAGAAAAUAGGUGAUACUGUAGUCCAGUGUUGUGUUAGUACAAAUAAUUUUGGCCAUGAGUUAUUUUGAGUCUUUGCUGGCAGGAAGCACCUCAUUUGUUUGAUUUGAACAUGUAAGAAUUUGGUGAAUGCAGUACAGAAAGCUAGCACAGGAAAUUAUUUGCAAAACUUUGCUUUGGUACUCAAGGACUACAUCCCAGAAGUUCUCUAUUUCCACUUACAUUUGAUUAUGGGUGACUGGGACCCACCUAGCACUGGUAUAUUGUUUCAUCUGAGAAAACACCUGCUUUUAAAUGCCUCUGUAGAAUUCAGGUAUGACAAAAGGAAUAUUAAUCUCUUGUGGGAGCACUCCUCCAAUCACAGUAUGUGUAAUGGAUCUUUCCCCGGUUUAAGUUCCGCAUCUGUCUUCCCUGAAACUGUUCUGCACAGCUUCAGCAUAAAAUUCAAAUAGGACUGAUAGCAGCUUCUGAGAGUCACAGCAUCACAGAAUUGGAAGGGACCUCUGGAGAUCAUCAAGUCCAACCCCCCUGCCAAAGCAGGAUCAUUAGUGCAGGUCACACAGGAAUGCAUCCAAGUGGGUUCUGAAAGUCUCCAGAGAAGGAGACUCCACAACCUCUCUGGACAGCCUGUUCCAGUGCUCCCUCACCCUCACUGUAAAGAAGGUCUCCUCAUGUUGAGUUGGAACCUCCUGUGUUCCAUCUUGUACCAACGGUCCCUUGUCCUGUCACUGGGCACCUCUGAAAAGUGACUGGCACCUUCACGGGCUGGAUGUUAGGAGGAAGUUCUUCACAGAGAGAGUGGUUUGCCAUUGGAAUGGGCUGCCCAGGGAGGUGGUGGAGUCACUGUCCCUGGAGGUAUUCAAAAACAGCCUGGAUGAGGCACUUAGUGACAUGGUCCAGUUGACUGGACAGGGCUGGGUGAUAGGUUGGACUGGAUGAUCUUGGGAGGUCUCUUCCAACCUGCUUGAUUCUAUGAUUCUAUGAUCUUGACACCUGCCCCUCAGAUAUUUAUGGACAUUGGUAAGAUCCCCUCUCAGUCCUCUCUCCUCAGGACUAAGAGCCCCAGUUCUGUCAGUCUUUCUUCAUAGGAGAGAUGUUAAAGUUCCAGUCUUACUCAUAGCUCUCUGUUGGACUCUGUCAAGCAGAUCUCUGUCUCUUGAAUUGGGGAACCCAAAACUUGACAGAGUAUUCCAAGUGUGGUCUCACCAGGGCAGAGUACAGCAGGAGGAGAACCUCCCGAGACCUGCUGGGCACACUUUUCUUAAUGCACCCUUGGAUGCAGCUGGCCCUAUUGGCCCCAAGGGCACAUUGCUGUCCCAUAGACAAUUCACUGUCCACUAAGCCUCCAAGGUCUUCUGUGGAGCUGCUUUCCAGCAGGAUAACCUCUAGUCUGUACUGGUGCCUGGUGUUAUCGGUGCCCUCAUCCAGGUCAUUGAUUAAAAUAUUGAACAAAACUGGACCCAGUACUGAUCCCUGAGGAACACCACUAGCUACAAGCUUUCAACUGGACUAUGCACCACUGAUCACAACAUUGGUUCUCAGCUGGCAGGACAUGGUUAUUUUAUGCAUCACAAAUUUCUAUAUUGACGGUUAUGUAGAAAGAAGGAUUUACAGUAGCUUGUGGAGAACACUAAACUGUGCCAUCUUCAUUUCUUCUGAUCUCAUGACGGUCCAAUCAACAAGUCUGGAGAAAUCACUAAGCAUCUUACAGCAGGCAGCUGCAUGUUUAGCUUUUGUGAGAUAUGCUCUAUUAAUGCUUCUGAAGUAUAACAAGUGAAGUGAACACAUGAAGUCAACUGCUUCAGUAAUUUACUAUGCUAGCUUUCCACAUGACACACAGGCAAGAACAUGUUAAGUUACUGCAUCUCAUCCACCCGUGAAAAUGAGCUCGUUCAAAUAUUGCAGAGUACUAAGUUAUCUAAUGAAUGUGUUUGUGUGGAAGGUAGUCAAUUAUCUAAGCACUGUUCUGGAAUAAACUCAUAACCACACAGUACAUUUGGAAAAGCACCACAAAAUGUGUGAUUUCUUGUGUUAAAACACUGAAUCUGAUGUAUUGAAAUCAAGAGCUUUUAGGUGGGUGGUUCUAUAUCCUGUUACAGUUAAUCUGUAGUAACCAGUAUGCCUUGUUUUCUGUUUUAUUGCAUGUACUCUUCAAGGGUAAUGAUACUCAAAAAGGGCAUGACUGUAGAGCUUACUUUCCAAGUCUGGAUUCCUAUAAAAACGCAAGAAGUUACAAGACCUAACAUUACAAGUGCUAUUUUUUAAAGAAGCCUGGAAAAAAUAUUCUUUUUUAAUGGUCUUUACAAGUUGUCAUGCAGAACUGCACACAGCAGAACACAGUCUUUUUUCCAACAUUAAUGAAACUGAGAAAUGAUGGCACAAAUUAGAUUUUAAAAUCGAAUGUACACGAAUGCUUCUUAGUACCUGUAAACCAGAACACUGCAUAUGCUGUUGUAAAUAGGGAAUACUUCUUUACAUGGAUAUUUUGUUGUGGGACUAAAAGAUGCUGCCAAAUAUUUUCCAUAUCAGAAAACUUUAGCUUCUGUUUCAUUAAAUUCCUUCCUCUGUUUCUAACUGUUGACAAGAACUUAAAUAAUUAUUUUAUUGUUUUAGUACUUGCAGUAUUUGUUGAUGAAAGAAAAUUACAUUUAAUUACAUUGUUUAAUUACAAUGUCUGCUUUCCCUAUUCUUUUUGUAUCUUAAUAAAAAUUAUUUUUCAAGCUUAUGA